CUUCCUCCACCUGGAAGGCUGGAAGUAGACGGCCAUGGCCAUGGCUUGCCUCUGCACGUCGGCCACCCUCUCCAUCCUCCUGUUCAUCCUCCUCAUCCAUUCCGGCCACUCUCCGGCGGCCGCGUUUUACUUCCCGGGAAGCUACCCGCAUCGGUACCGACCCGGCGACGCUCUGGCUGCCAAAGUGAACUCCCUGACCUCGCCGUCCUCGAAGCUACCCUACCCUUACUACUCCCUCCCCUUCUGCUCCCCGCAAGACGGCAUCCGCCGCGCCGCCGAGAGCCUCGGCGAGCUCCUCCUCGGCGACCGCAUUGAAACGUCGCCGUACCGCUUCUCCAUGCUCAAUAACACCACCGCGCUAUUCCUCUGCCGCACCGACCCUGUGGCCCCUGCCACCGCCGAGCUCGUCAAGUCCCGCAUCGACGACGCCUACCAGGUCAACCUCCUCCUCGACACGCUCCCUGUCAUGCGCAACGUCAAGAACCAGAUCGCGCCCGACGUGCUCCUCCGGUUCACAGGCUUCCCCGUCGGCGUGCGCGCCGACGACGGCGAGUACUACGUGUACAACCACCUCAAGCUCACCGUGCUGGUGAACAAGCAGAACGCCAUCACCAGGGUGGAGACCUUGAUGGCGACCGCCGACGCGGCCGAGUUGAUCAGCUUCUCUGGCGGCAAGGAGGGCGGCGGCUACACGGUCGUCGGGUUCGAGGUCGUCCCGUGCAGCGUGGAGCACGACGCGGCGGCUGUCAAGGAAAAAAACAUGUACGACGAGAUCGCGUCCAAGGCGGCCACCGGGUGCGACCCGUCGGUGGUCGGCAUGCGCGUGCAGGAAAACCGGUCGCUGGUCUUUUCCUACGAGGUGUCCUUCCUGGAGAGCAGCAUUGAGUGGCCGUCGCGCUGGGACGCGUACCUAGAAAUGGGCGGAGCCAAGGUGCACUGGUUCUCCAUCCUCAACUCCAUCGUGGUUGUCGCGUUCCUCGCGGCGAUCGUACUCGUCAUCCUUCUGCGCACCGUGCGUCGCGACCUCGCACACUACGAGGAGCUCGGCAGCGAGUCCGGGGCGCACGUGGACGAUCUUGCCGGGUGGAAGAUCGUCGCCGGCGACGUGUUCCGGGAGCCCAGCCACCCGGUACUCCUCUGCGUGCUAGUUGGCGACGGCGUGCGCAUCCUGGGCAUGGGCGUGGUCACCAUCCUCUUCGCCGCGCUCGGGUUCAUGUCGCCCGCGUCCCGGGGCGCGCUGAUCACCGGCAUGCUCUGCUUCUACCUCGUCCUGGGCCUGGUUGCCGGGUACACCUCCGUGAGCCUCUGGAAGACGGUGCGGCAGGGCGACAGCGCCGGGUGGAAGUCCGUGGCGUGGAGCUCGUCGUGCGCCGUCUUCCCGGGCGUCGGGUUCGCCGUGUUCACCGUGCUCAACUGCGUGCUCUGGUACAACGGCAGCACCGGCGCCGUGCCUUUCCUGCUGUUCGUGGUCAUCCUCCUGCUGUGGUUCUUCGUCUCCGUGCCGCUCAACCUCAUCGGCGGCCUCAUUGCCUCCCGCGUCCGCCACGUCGAGUACCCCGUCAAGACCAACAAAAUCGCCCGCCAGGUGCCUUCGUCGCAGUGCUCGCCGUGGGUGUUCGUGGCCAUGGCCGGGACGCUGCCGUUCGGGACGCUGUUCAUCGAGCUCUUCUUCAUCAUGUCGAGCCUGUGGCUGGGGCGGGUGUACUACGUGUUCGGGUUCCUGCUGGUGGUGUUGGCGCUGCUGGUGACGGUGUGCGCCGAGGUGUCGGUGGUGCUCACGUACAUGGGCCUCUCCGUGGAGGACUGGCGGUGGUGGUGGCGCGCCUUCUUCGCGUCGGGGUCCGUCGCGUUCUACACCCUGGGCUACGCCGUCUACUACCUCGUGUUCGACCUUCACAGCCUCGCCGGGCCCGUCUCCGCCGUGCUCUACGUGGGGUACUCCCUACUCAUGGCGCUCGCCGUCAUGCUCGCCACCGGCGCCGUCGGACUCGGCGCGUCCUUCUGCUUCGUGUACCACCUCUUCUCCACCGUCAAGCUGGACUGAUGCCAAUGCCGUGUGCGGAUGAUGAUCCGUUGGUGCCAUUUGUAUCGAGCUCUGUUUGUCGUUUUGGUUUUCCAAAUUAAGAGUGUAUUUGUCCUGAUAAAUUUCUUUUGUAUAACUAGUUAUGUACGGUAACAAUUUUUAUGCCAAUUUCUACAAUGAAAUG